AUGUCCACCUACGAAGGUACUGUACUUGUCACGGGAGGCACUGCCGGGCUUGGGUAUCACGCUGCCCUGCAGAUUGCAAAACAGCAUCCGGAUUAUCUUGUUAUCAUUGCAUCGCGAACAAAUACCGAUUCCGCAGCUGAAAAAAUAAACGGCGUCACCGGCCAGCAAAAUGUCGAAUUUCAACCUCUGGAUCUUUCGAGUUUGGUGAACGUGCGAGGUUUCUACGAAAGUUAUUCGAAAAGGAGUCAUGCACCAAUCAAAGCGUUACUUCUCAACGCCGGUCUCCAGUUCCCCAAUCAGGCGGAGUACUCGGUUGAUGGGAUUGAGAAGACUUUUGCGAUCGCUCAUGUUGGUCAUGCCUUGCUCUUCUAUCUUCUACGAUCAUCCCUCGCUCCAGACGCUCGAAUCGUCAUUACGGCCAGUGGUGUCCAUGAUCCCGCGCAGAAGACAGGAAUGCCACCUGCCAAGGGGAAGAAAUGGACAGUGAACUCUUUUGAUCCUGGCUUAAUGCCCGGCACAGGCUUGGGAAGGGAGUACCGCGGGCUUAUACGCUUCAUGUGGGAUAACGUUCUACCGCGAAUGCUUCCACCACUUAGACUACUGGUCAGUUCGAAUAUCUUCUCGCCGGAAGAAUCAGGGCAAAACCUCACUAGGCUGGCUGUGGGAAAUGAUGUAAAGGGCAUUAGUGGCGUCUACUAUGAAGGCAAGAAAGAGGUAAAAUCUAGCGUGGACAGCUACAAGGAACUGUUGCAAGAGGACUUAUACGAAUGGACUGUUGACGCAGUGGCGAGCAACGAGAAGGAGAAGACCUCGAAACUGGCCGAUGUUGAGAAGAGGAUUGACAAUAUCUAUAACCUAUUGCAAACCGUCGGUGCCUCUCAAGCGGCGCCACCAUCGACUGUACCUCAAUCACAGAGCGGUAAAAGUAAUAUAGCUUCGGAUUCCGGAAACUUUCCAUCAAAUGAUGAUCUUUCAUUAUCACAGUCGGCUGCCAUGUUUCCACCAACUCCAAGCUCGUUGAAUACCGAAGAAACAACGGCGGGUCUCUCGGAUGUAAUCACAAAAGGCAUCCUUAGCUACGACGACGCCGAGGAAGCCCUGACACUGUUCAAAAGUGAUUAUGCUGCAGUAUCUCUAAAUUGGCCGUCGAAUGACCCUGAUAUGUCAUCUCUGCGGCAUGAUCAUCCAUUUCUUCUGCAGUCAGUGCUUACUAUCGCCUACCAAAAGGACGCGACAACUCAACAGCGCCUUGAUUCAGAGCUACGAGAGACUAUGGCGCGUAGAGUCUACGUUGACGGGACUAAGGACUUAGAUCUACUGAAUGGUCUGGUAGUCUAUGUUCAAUGCAAAUGUAUUGCUAGGGAUGGUUUAAAGGCAUUCACAGAUAGAACUCAGAGGUUGAAAGUCUGGUGGGAUAGAGUUGAGAUGUUUGGGGCCCUAGGCGGAGAUGGAGGCGAAGGGAAGGAGGUAGAUAUGAUGAAUCCGUUGAGCUUGGAUGAGAUCAUGAAACGGGAGCGACUGCCAGGCGAAAUAGGCUCGGAGAUGGAUUUCGAAGGAAUGGGACUGGGCGAUUUUAUGGAUUUUGAUUUCAUGACUUGGUCAUAG